CCGAAACCGUUCAUCAGUGGCCCACAAUGCACCCACAACUUUGCCUUCAAUUUACGUAUGCAUCUCAUCUACUGUACUCCAGAUCUCAGACCUGAUAAGCCUCCAAGGAAUAUUGAGACCAUUCCGGAAUCAAUGCUGUAUACAACUCGGUCUUAUGCAAGGUUCGAAAUUUUAUAAUCAGGCGAAUUGGUCUGCCAAGGUGUUGGACGUGAGGCAUGACCUUGGAUAAGAUCAACUCGUGUCUGCGGCAAACUUAUGACUCUGGUCACACCGAGUCAUGUUGGCACAUCGUGUACAGGAUGAUCCUUAGCAAUACCGCCGCUCGACCUCUCAUUUUCAUCGUAUAAAAAACCUCUUGUUUCUCUGUCAUGAUGCAUCACCUCUCCCCACAUCCCUUUCUUCUUGGAGUACGAUGUCCGCUGCUAUCCCACCGAACGACUCUGUCGAUCCUGUCGAGUACACACCAGAACAGAUGUCCGAGCAGCUGGCUUGUUUUGAGACCAUCCUUAAUGACCGGCUACCAUACUGCAGCGGGACCCUCUCUACCACCAAAGAGCAGCUAGUCUUGUUUUACGGCAAAGACUUCGACGCGAAGCGGAUUGACUUCAGCGAUGCUUCUGACGAACAGUUGGAACAUCUUGCGAAGACGUGCGAACCUGCUGCCUUUGGUGUGAGGACGAGAAGGGUCUUGGACGAACUUUACCGGAAGGCCGGGAAGCUGGAUGCUGAACACUUCUCAUCCCUCUUUGACGUUAUGGAGUCUGGACUGGUUCAAGUUAUUCGUGAACAACUUCUGACGGGCGAGAAGGUCAAUUCCGCUAUUCGUUUGGAAAGGUACAAACUCAAUGUCUACGGCAAGGAUUCUUUCUUUAAGGCCCACAAGGAUACACCAAGAAGCAAGGACAUGUUUGGCUCUCUCGUGAUCGUCUUCCCUACCUCUCACGAGGGUGGUACACUUAUCUUACGUGAUGGUGAAAAGGAGUGGAGAUUUGACUCUGCAAAGGCUAUCAAAGAACACGAUGGAUCUUGCAUUGCUUACGUCGCUUUCUACAGUGAUGUGGAGCAUGAGGUUACACAGGUUAACUCUGGGUAUCGCGUCACUGUUACGUACAACCUUUAUUUCGAUGCAGCCGUACCGUCGAUUCCUUCUGUCGCCCUUACGGAGGAUCCUACACACGAUAAGCUGAAGGACAUUCUAGGAACGUUGCUCGAGGACAAAAACUUCCUUCCAGAUGGAGGUUAUCUUGGCUUUGGCCUUCGUCGGGAAUACCCGCUUCAGUCGACUCGAGAUGUUGUGGAUCUCUCUGAAUUCGCGAGCUACUUGAAGGGUGGCGAUGCCAUUCUCAUGAGUGUCUGUGAGGAACUCUCUCUUUCAGCCUCUUUGCAGGUCUAUUUCAAGACUCAGGAUUCUAGCCGUGAUGAUCUGGACGUUCUUUGCCACUACGUUCCUGCACUCGCUCGAGGCAACAGUGUUGAUGACGACUCCCUCGUACAACACCUCUGUGAAUAUUACGGCGGGCUACGAGUAAAGACCAAGACCGACGACCAUACCCAGUACUAUACUUUGCCAGAUCUCUACAUUCAUUGGGCUACGCCAAUGACGGAGUUCGGAAACGUGCAGAGAGAGUAUCCGGCGUACGGAAACGAGCCCUCGAUUGAGUUUGCAUACGGAUGUGUUUGCCUUAUCGUCGCGGUAGGACCUUACGGCGAACGCAGCGCAGUGGAGAAGAUAUGGCCUUUGAACAAGAAAAAGCCAGUAAAGAAAGCCGCUGCGCCAAAGAAGACAGCCAAAAGGGGCAAGGGCUCGAAGUCUUCUCGAGCUAGGUAGAAGCAAGUAUUAGUACAUACAGUUACACAAGUGUUCUUACAUAUGCUGUAUAGUGGCAGCCAAAGUCACAAAAAGCGACGUACAGUGUUCUACGCAGCUGUAACCUACAAUCCAAGCUCUUUGUGCUUCCGUAUCAGUUCAGAAACGUGUGGAUGUUCAGCGAGAGCUUGGAGACAAUCCUGUCGAUCUUUGUACUUGUCGACAAUAUUGAUAAGAAUGCCAAGUAAUCUACGGGGAAAUACCUCCUGAAGCCACUGUAGACACUGGGCCACAUGGUCAAAGCCCUGGGAUUUGAAGUUGUCCAUACGUUGAUCGGCCUUCAUCAU